AUGGCCACCUCGGCACAAAGAGACCUGCAGCCUGCCAGAACAUACCUGAAACUCCAGAGAGGUUUUACUGCUGCAUAUCCGACACAAUCCUCCAUUCCUUACAAAUCUCACUGGGCAAAAAGUUCAGAAGCAGAAAAGAAAGGAUUUAAUAGUCAAACCAAGAGAUUUGAUCAGAAAACGGAUAACAUCCCCGGCCCUGGGUCCUACAACGUCACCCACCAAUCUCCAGUGUUCAACAGCGUCUCGCUGUCCACGAGAGGGACGUGCGCCUUCCCCUCGAGGCGUGACCGGCUGGGCCCCAUCGUUUCUAAAAAUCCCGCUGCAAAUGCGUACACUCUGCCGUCAUGUUUUGUUUCGAAGAAAGACUUCAGUAAUUCCUAUUCCAGUAUGUUCCAGCUGCCACGCUCUGGAAAAGGCCUCAAAUUUGUAACUCCUGCACCAAACCAGUACAACGCCUCCGUCUCGUACUGCAAGCAGAGAAACAACGUCUGUGCCCGAGCCGAGUUCCAGUCCAAAACCCAGAGAGGAGCGUUCGCCAUCCCUGGAGCAGGACCUGCACCAGGGUAUUAUGAUAUCAACGAAUCCCUUGUGAAGCAGUCGCCAACGACAUUGGUGUCCUGUUUUAAAUCAAAAACUGACCGUGGAUUAAAACUGACAUCGACAGUCCCUGGCCCCGGUUAUUACAACCCACACGAUCACACCAAGAUUCCGAAAAAGACCCUUAUCCCGAGACACCCCAUCCUGAACUUCUCCACCCAGCCUCUGUCUCUGCCCGUGAAGCCGCCUCUCCCGGGCCCUGGUCAGUACGAGAUUGUGGACUACGCCGGGCCAACCAAGUAUUUAAUCUCCAGUGCAUCGUUCGUGUCCACCACCAAGCGGUGGACAGCGGCGCCGACUCAACCAGGCUUGCCUGGCCCAGCCACCUACAAGCCGGAGCUCCCCGGGAGGCAUUCCUUUCUCUACAAUGAGGGCAACAGGUGGAUCCCGGUGUUGUAGCGGCUCACAGGGCACAGGAAAGGCCGGCCACCAGCGGCCCCACGCAGGUGCCCAGGGCUGACGUGGGGCCGCUCUGCCACCUGGGUCUGGUGUUACAGCUGGGCUCGAGCUGCCUCCUGGA